UGGCCAGCCUGAAUAUUCUUAAAAAUGUUGUAUUUUCUUGCCAGGCAAUUUAGUAUUUUGAGAACGAACGACGCCCGGCACACAAGAAAUAUAACAUAAAUGAAAAUCUAAAUAAAUAAUUAUCUACCUAUAAAGAACACAUUAUGAGGGAUCGCGACCGCCGUGACCGAGAUCGAGACAGGGAGAGGGAUAGAGAUCGGGACCGAGAAAGAGACAGAGAGCGGGACCGCGACAGACGACAUCGAUCCAAGUCGCCCAGCAGGAGCAGCCGGCAGAUUUCAAAACCGAAGAAGAAAAAGUCCAAGAAGUCGAAAAAGUACUCGAGAAGGAGUCGCAGUAGCAGUCGGAGCACCUCGCGCAGCUACUCCAGCAGCCGGAGCAGUUCCCGCAGCACGCACAGCAAGAGCAGAAGCAGGGAUCAUCACAAAUCGCGGUCUACUUCGCUGAGGAAAACCAGGGGUCCAAGUUCUGAAAGCAACUCCCGAUCCGCAACCACACCCGCAGCUGCUCCCGUGAAGGCCAUCGAUCUGUUCGACACCAAGGUGCAAAAGGCACUCGAGACUAUAGACGAGGACACCUUCAAGCCGGCGCCAUUUUUUAGCUCCCGGGAUUCAAAGGAGACAUCCGAGAAGGUGAUCAUAGAUCUGAACAACGAAACGGUCACAGUCGCCAGCAAGCCAGCCAUUGCAGUGCGAAACGAAGAUGUAAUAUUCCAUCCGAACUUCCUGGGCGACCCGGAUAUGAAGGCCGAGAAGUGGCUGCGCAAGCUGCACAAUUACCGCCAGAAGUACAUGCAGGAGUAGUCGAGUUUAGACUCUGUAUUUAAGAAACAAUAAACCUAUGUCUAGAAUA